AUGCACAAUUUGACCGUCACUCAUUUUAAUUUAACAAUGUAUAAGGUAUCAAAAUUUGAUAACUUGUUGCAAACUUUGGGGAGAUUAUGGCGUGGAGGUUUAGGGUUUUCAUAG